AUGUUUUCAAAAUAUGAUUUUCUGAAGGAUGUCAAUCCUGCCAAGGAGGACUGGAGGAUUAAGGUGAAGGUGGUUCGGGCUUGGAAAGUUCCGAACUUUCAAUGUAGAGAUUUUGACGACAAUGUUGAAAUGGUUUUAUUGGAUGAACAGGGUGGUAGGAUCCACGCCACUGUCAAAGGUUCUUUGCCAGUGCGGAAGAAAAUCCAUGAAGGAGAGCCAACCAAGCAUCAGUAUCGUUUGUCCUUCAACUUGAGGACUGAUGAUAAAUCGAUUGUUGAUUGUGAUCUUUCUUGGAGUCAAUUUGAUUUUGUUGAUUAUAACAUCAUUGAGAAAGAAUCAUCUGACUCUCCUUAUUUAGUGGACGUCAUUGGUUUAAUUUCAGGAAUUGGGGAAGUUUGCGAACGUGUAGUUUCUGGUAGGAAAACGAAAAUGGUUGUGUUGGAGCUUGACAACUUGAGGGGUCACAAGCUGGAAUGCACUUUUUGGGAGCAUUAUGUGGAUGAGGUGCAAUCUUUUUUGGCAAACAACGACACUCCCCAUAACGUCUUAAUAGUUCAGCUGGGAAGGAUCAAAUGUUUUAGGGGUAAGGUCGGUUUAACCAAUACAAAAUACACAACAAAGAUUGUCAUUGAUUCAAAGGUGCCAGAGAUUAUUGAGUUCAAAAAACGUCUUUCAACUGAUGGUGUGGAAAGUAGUAUGAGGUUGACUCAGUCCUCAUAUUCGUUCGAAAAUGAUUUUCUUAAGGAGACUGAAAAGAAGUCUAUCAGUGAUGUUAAGCUUUGUGGUGAGGUUAUGACGUGCAUCACGUAUGGGACUAUACAAUCUAUUGAGAGCAAAUACAACUGGUGGUACAAGUCUUGCAAGAAAUGUCCAUUUUCUGUUUGUGAGGAUUUUGAAAAGUGGUACUGUAAGAAUUGCCAAAAAUAUUGGGAUGAUUAUUAUCCAAGAUUUAGUGUUCAGGUUAAAGUUGUGGAUAACACUGAUUCUGCAUCAUUUCUUCUGUUUGAUCAAGACUGUGUUACAUUGUUGGGAAUAUCUGCUGGUGAAUCGCGCGAGCGACAUUUUAAGAGGGGUGCGGAUUUGGAUCAAUUUCCAGAAGAACUAAAUGUUUUGAAUGAGAAGUCAAUGUUGUUUAAGAUAAAUGUGAAGCAGAAAGAUCUGAACUCAAUGUUCAUUAAGUCUCUGAUUGAUCCAAAUGAGGAAACAAAUUUUGAUACUGCUCGUGAAAACAAAAUUGUAUCGUCGGAACCUGAAAAGGCUGCGGAUGUUGAGAGUCAGACCUGUGAUAGUGUUGACGUUGGUGAUGUUUCUCUGACUAUGUUGACACCAAUGAUUAAUUCUCAUUAUUCUAUUGCUGGAGAAUUUAAUUUUUCAGCUGUCCGAACUGCGAAAGAAAUAAAGCUUGAAAAGGAGUUACGUAUUUUCUGA